GGCCAGCUUCCAUGUAGGCUGCGAGCCCAGCCAUGCCGGCCGCUCGUGCGCUUUCGCCCGGCACGCUGGAGGAGUUGCGUGCGCACCUUGGCGCUUUGAGCAAGGCUUCCCCGAGGCUGCUGCAAGAAGCCGCCGGCCAGCUGGAUGUGGAAGGCCUGCGGCGAGUGGCGCUGCAGCUCGCCCGCCGCGCGCGGGAGCAGGAGGAGGGAGAUCCGGGCCGACCUGCCGCAGCACCUGCGACAUCUAGCGCAUCCUCCGGCUGGCUUUUGGCGGCCUCAGCUCUGCUCUUUCUGGGGGCUUUGGGUGCUUGGGCACCAGCCCUGCGCUAUGAUUUCCAGGGCGGAUUCUUCAUGGACGAUGCCAUGAUCAAGAAGAACCCCAAUGUCUACGAAGAGAUGAACUGGCGGAGGCUCUUUCGAACGGACUACUGGGGCCUCGACAUGUUCGAGGGCGUUUGGACGCACAAGUCCUUCCGGCCGCUGGCGGUGCUGACCUUCCACUGGAAUCAUUUGCUGAGCGGGUUCGAAGGCUCAGGCUUCCACAUCGUCAAUGUGUUGCUGAAUGUCGCCUGCGCUGCACUUCUGGCGCUCUUCGGUUGGUUUCUGGGCCUGGGCCGGGACAAGGCGGCGCUGCUGGCAGGGCUUUUCCUGGCGCACCCCGUUCACACGGAGAGCGUGCUGUACAUUGUCGGUCGCGCCGACCUCCUGUGUUUGGUGCUGGUGCUUCUGGCUGCGCUGGUGUACACACCCUGUGUGAAGGAGUUGGGCCCUUCAGCAAGCGCUUGGCCACUGCUGCCGCUGUCCACGGUGCUUUUGGUGGCAGCGGGCCUUUGCAAAGAAACGGGCUUUUGCUUCUUCGGGCUGUUAGCUGGCUGGGAGAUCCUGGGAGGCCUGCUGCAGGGCGCCAGCUUCAAGCGCUGGGCGCGGCUGCUGGCGCUGCUGGCGCUGGGGAGUUCGGCCUGCGGCGCGCGGGUCUACUACACAGGAGGCACAGCCAUUGACAACAUGGACCCCCACAGCAACCCUGUGGCAGUGCAUCAAGACCGCAACGUGCGGCUGCGCAGCUACGCCUUGCUGCACGGGAUCUACAUGAAGUUGCUGGUCUUCCCCAAGUUUCUCAGCUACGACUACUCCUUCAAUGCCAUUCCUUUGGUCCAGACCUUCGCAGACUUGAGGCUCCUGCUACCUUUGGCUGCGUAUUUGGGCUUUUCUGCGCUGCUGCUUCUCUCCCUUUCAGUACUUCGGAAAACGGAGGCGCCCAUCAUAGGAGUGGCCAUCCUUAUCCUGAGCUUUGUGCCAAUGUCAAACAUCCUCUUUCCGGUGGGCACCAUGAUCGGCGAGCGUUUGCUGUACAUCCCCUCAGCAGGUCUGCUGCUGUCUGUGGUCGCGCUGGUGCCCCGAGGCAGGUGUGCCUGGCUGCUAGUGGUCGGCGCUCUGUUUGUGGCGAAAACCUGGAUGCGCGUGCCGGAGUGGAAGGACUCAGAGAGCAUCACAACCGCUGAUGGCCUGACACAGCUUUGGUCCGCGCGUGUACAGUUCAACCUUGCCAACGUCUACCUGCAGGCGAAGCGCUACGACGAGGCGCUGGACACCUACCAGCGGUCUAUCCGCAUAGAUCCCACGGAUCACGAUGCCCUGCCCUUGUACCACGCCGGGCAGAUCCUGUUCUUCAAAGGCCAGCACGACGAGGCCAACCGAUACCUGGAGAAGGCAGUCAAUGGCUUCUUCAGCCCACUGACGAUUCAGGAGGAGGAGAUUUGGCACGACUAUGCGCUGUCGCUUUGGUUCGUGCAGAAGCCGCAAGCUUCCGUGGCGCACUUCCAGAAGGCGCUGAGCAUCAACCCUAGCUUCACCAAGGCCAUGAACAACAUGGCCUGUGCUGCCGGCCUCGGGGCCAUUGGCGGGUUGCUGCCACGGGAGUACUACCAACACGCCAUCAACGCCCUGGACCAGGCGGUGCGAAUUGAUCCCGGCAACGUGCUGUACUGGCGGAACGCGGUGGCGCUGAUGAUGGCAGGUGGCGACGGGCAGCGUGCGGAAGCCACCUGGCAGCAGCUGCUGCAGAUGGAUCCCGCCGGCGCCACCAACCCGCCGCGCGACUGCAGCUGGGAGUUCUAUUUCAGGUAG